ACGCGCCAGCUGCAGACGCUGGUGAGCGAGGCGAGCGCCAACGGCGCCGGCGCCGUCGAGUGCUGCCCGUCGCGCGUCGACAUGGUGGCGCCCGUCGGCGGCACCAACAAGGACGGCGACUACGUCGAGCUGUUCAACAGCGACGAGCACCAGCAGAGCUUCUUCGAGGUGUCGUGCGACGACAGCGUCGUCGACCGGCCGUGCAUGUUCGUCGACCACCGGCUGCAGAACCAGUCCAAGUGCGUGCAGAAGUACUCGUACUCGUACGCGCUGGUGCGCGAGCCCCAGCAGAGCGGCUGGCGGCUGGACUACGUGCGCGUGCGCAGCGGCUGCAGCUGCGAGAUCACGCCCCGCGCGCCGCCCCACGCCAACCCCCACCCCCACCCCCGAGGCAAGGCGCGUCGGCGCGACAAGAGCAAGCGCAGGCAGCGCACGCCGGACUGACCCGCGCCUCGUCUCCUCACGCCGGUUAAUAUUGUAUCCGUCUCGGCCGUACCGAGGUGCUGCCGUUUCGUAUGCGGGAUGACCAAGACUGCGCAGUCUGUCGCGGAUUGCGAUCGCAGUUAUCCUCAGUGACUCAUUUCAGUGUCCUCGUUUGCGCUGUGUUCUACCGCUAUUUCAGUGACGGAGAUAUUUAUACACCCACUAAUUUCAACCCCCCCCCCCCCCCCCCUCGUCACACGUGCGUCGUUUCCAGUACUCUGCAUAUUCUCCAGCCAACUGUACCGCAAUUCUCUGCAAGUGCUCAAAUCCAAAAUGUUCACAACCUGAGAAAAAUACAGUCCACGAUCCAGAGGUAAAGUAGGCUCUUUAACGCACCUCCUGCAGAAAUUUUAGUUCAGAAAAACCUCACAGAUAAACGUAUAGAUGCACGAACAUUAACACAAUAAGACAGUAUUGUUACAAAAUUUUAAACAAACAUCACCACGUCUGCUCGACUUUGAUCAGCUACUAUCCCGUUGAAAAUUUACCAGAGACACAUUAUUUCAACGAAAAUUCACUUACGUCCACAGCACCAGUAUAAUCUGACACAUUCCCUUAUCUGGCAGAAGAGAAGUAGUGUGUGUCGGUGUUUCGUCGCUAGACUAUGUUUUUCGUUUCUCGUGUCUCUCGCAACAUAACGACCAAGCUAACAGACUGAACAUUUGCGUGGUUUCAGCAUCGGAAAAUAAUGAUAGCUUCCUUCCGAUGGUGAAAAAAUCCAACCUAACCUCAGUUGCAAUCCAUUAUACGCGAAUUCCAAAGUUCUUCUACGGAAAGAAGUAUUUAACUUAAUAUACGACAUAACCUCACGAUGCAUUCCGCGUUGUGCUUUAAUUCCAAUAGACGUCCGCUAGUAGUUUUGUGUAAAUAGUGUCACUCUUCCUCAAUAACACGCUUGCUGCAGAAGUAUUAGGCACGCACUUUGAAAGAUAUGCAGCAGUAUUUCUGAGUUUUUCUCUGUUACCACUACGUGUGUACCGGCCAGGAAAAAAGUGUUUGCCGCAUAUUGUGUUGUCGAUUUCUAACGGACGCAAAGUAGCUUCGCCCUAUCGAUGUCUUUGGUUCAAUGUUACCUCUGCAUAAUUGUGAUUAACUGUGUGCACACACCCCCAGAUCCUCUACAGGUUGCAGAUUUGUGUCCAACACGUGUGGAAGUGUACGUAAUGCAGACAGCUUGUGACUUCAAGAAGGAAAGAUCUGUUACAGACGUGUGCUAAGCUCGCUACGGCCCAGACACCAGAACAGUCGGCAACGUCCUCCAGUAGUGUGUAAUGUCAAUGUAUCAUACUAUACUGCAUACACAGUCAAAGAGCGAUGCUGGCUAUACCAAAUGUGUACACAAGUGUCCUCAUAUUACUAUGUAAAUAAAAGAUCGUAAUGGCA